UUCCCGAGUCACGUGUCACCUAACCCCAAAGCUUCCUUCUCUCUUCCGGUGCGGAAUCAAGGACGAGAAAUUCUUCGAUCGGCGAUGAGCAGGCGAACAGGAACAGGCGAUCCAUCGGCUUUGACUCGGCUGGUAGAAUCCGUCUUUGCAUUUGUCAAAUUCGCUGAGUUUGAGAUCCUCUUCUUUCUUUUCUUUAUCGCUUAUGUUAUCUUCAAAGACAUUACAUCAAGGCCUGAAUACAAUCAAAUACUUGUGAAGAAGCCUGGCGGAAUUGAUCUUUGGCCUUACUAGAAGAGAAGUUUUUGUUUGAAUAUGUUGGAUGUUAGCUUAGCAUCAAUCGUAUGUUUAGUAUGCCCUCCUAUGACUGUGCAGGGUCCUUAUCGUAUUCAUAUGUUACAUUAAUUUUGUAAGCAAAUCAUAUGACCCUUCGAAAUUGUAUACAGUUCCAUUCACCACACAGGAAUAGCAAAACCGAGUAGAAGAAUUGCAACAUUUCUGGGUUUUAAACCUCAUCUCUAUUC